CAAAAUAUGCUGGCUGAAAUUCCUGAGGCCUCUUGUCGUUGUCCGCUACGGUAACCAGUCCCUGUCGCGUACAGAAUUAGCUAGCUUUUGGCCAGUUACCUGUAUGGAUGUUUCCUCGAGCAUCGAUUACCUUGUAUAUAUCCGUAACAAAGACCAACCAAUUCGUCAACAACAUCGUAACUAUUACUGCAGCUGCUCGGACACUUCUUUCGCCAGACAGAUAUUCAAGCGUGGUUGUAAACAUUGCCCCCAUUUCGUAGUUUUGCGUGUUAUUUGUUAGUUUUCGAGGUUUUUCUCAAAAAUUAGUUGCAAAUCAAGUAACCUAAUUGUCCUUAUGUUUUCUAAAUUGGUUUCAUUCAGCAAGUCAUGAUGAUAUAAUUCUUAUCAAUAACGUUUGUUUGAUUUCAUCUGCUUUUCAAUUCAGCAAACAAGGUGUCGCUGACACGAUGACUACCGUCUUCCGCGGUCCCGCUUCCAAGAAAUUAAACGAAGAACAGCAGAAACGAAAAAGACUGUUACAGCAACGUAAAGUAACUAAUGAUAUUUUAGAAAAAUUGGCAAGAAGUUUACCGCAAGUACCGAAUCAACUUGGAAAAACUUUAAGGCUCGACUCCGAAGUCAUAAAAGAAUUGGAAUGGAAAGGAAAUCUUUCCUAUCUUGAGAAAUGGAAAAUAUGGAAGAAGGAUGAUGCGACAAUAGGAAAUCUUAUUACUUUACUCAAAGAUAAUGGAAUCAAAGAAGAUGUGUGGGAAUGCUUAUUCAAUAUCAGCCGAGAGCCCAAGAAUGCAACUACAGCAAUGGAAUUGACAGAUACAGUUUUAAUGGGAAAUUCUCUCAACCAUUAUGAAUUCUCCAGGAAACCAAGCACUGCUUGCAGAGUAUCACCUCUUCACCUCCCAAAUGAAGUGUUCCCCGAUCCAUCUCUGCAACAGACAACGACCUCAGCAAGAAUCUGGCACAGAGAUAUCACUACAGCAAGUAGAAGAAACCCAACACAAAACGGUGUCAGACAAACUUCUCUUCAUCAGCGAUUAGAUCAAUAUCCACAAGAGAGUCUCUUAGAAGAUAUUUUAAGAAAUCACGACAGACGUUCUUCCGAUAGAGACUGUUCAUUGGCCGACUCAAAAUCACCUCUACCAAAAGAAUCAAGUCUUCAUGCGAGUGUGGGAAACUCUCAAUAUUAGAAACUUAUG